UGAUCAAGAUGGAGUCUGUCCUUGUGCUUUUGCGGAGCUGGAUUUGUGUGACUCUGGAGGAUUCUCGAAAGAGAUGUUAACGUUAUGAAACCUCCUGUCCCCGCGGCGUGACGCCGAGCAGCCAUGCCAUCUCCUCUGGUCCUGCUGAACUAGUAUGACAUGUCUCUAGCAAUCAGGAAGAAAAGUUGGGAAGAGCAUGUGACCCAGUGGAUGGGAUUGGCCCUGGAGUCUGUGGAGUAUAAUACAGCAUGUCGUCACGGACUCGUAGCUGAUAACUUGCAGACAAGUAUGGAAAAAGAUGAGGUUCUGAGUGUGGACCGAAAAGAAAAAUGCUCUUCAUUUCCAGAUUGCUGUCAGAGCGGAGAGCUGACUGGCCUYCCUGCCAAGCAGCUUGGAAACGUUUCCAAAGAGGUGGAUGAAAAUGAUAACCAUGAAGAUGAGGAGCAUUUUUUGGAGGCCAGCACAGAAACUCUCGUCCAUGUUUCUGAUGAUGAUGAUGACUAUUCUGCACUCCACCUGGAUAGUGUUAAUUACCACAUCACUACUGUUGGAAUGAAAACAAAAGGUGAAGAAGAGGAUUUAAAAGGAGCUGGCUCCUUAACAAAUCUGGUACCAAUAAUGGAGGCUAACAAGGAACCUGAUGCAUCUGGAAUAAUUGGAGAUAUUAAUGAGGAACCUGGCUAUGACCCUGUUCCUAAAGAAGAGAUGGAAGAAGAAAAUAUUUGUGGCAGCAUUGACCAAAGCCUGGAGCUUUGUAAAUAUGAAGGCUUAAAUGAAGUAAUAGAUGUGCAGGAAAAUUCUCCAAAUGUGAAGGAAAUUAUUAUGCCUGGGAAACAGCUGCUUCAUACUGCUGUAAUUGCACAACAGCGUAGGAAAUCUGAUGCUUUUAAGGAAGGUCUUGGAAAACCCGAGUGUGAUGUGGUACAGAGUAAUAUAUCUUCUGAAUCAUGUACCAACAGUGAUAGACAACCAUGCUCGACAGGGGAAUCCAGCGACUGCCUUAUGCAGCCUUCUCCUUGUGCUCACAUCCUAACAGUGGAAAAUGGUCUGCAGGAAAGUGGUUUUACAAAACCUCAAGUGGCCCCUGAGAACAAAUGCCUCUCAAGUAUCAGUCCAGGAGAAGAUGUUCAGGGUUUACAUCUAGGAAAUCAUUUGACCGCACAGGAAUGUUCAGACAGUCAAGUGAAACUGCGCAGAAGAAAGGAGGUGAGAGAAGAUCGGGAUCGGUCACGCCUGGACUCCAUGGUGCUGUUAAUUAUGAAACUGGACCAGCUCGAUCAGGAUAUUGAAAACGCUCUCAGUGCCAGCUCUUCCCCAUCCAGCACCCCAACCUACAAGCGGAGGCAUAUACCUGAUGUUGAAUCUGGUUCUGAAAGUGGAGUGGAUGUUGCUUCAGUAAAUCACUCGCAAACAAGCUUGUCUCCUAAUAUUCAUGCUCCUGACCUAGGAUCUUCCUGUUCAGUUGCCAGUGCUGGAGCUAAACCAAAAGCUGGGGUGGGGUUGCCUGUGCCCUCUUCUGAUCUAUAAAGUGAGAGCUGAUGUGCUCUGUGGCUUCAGCUGUUCUACUUCAGCCRUCUCUCUGCCUGCUCACAGGGAAACUUGAUUUGAAGGAGAAAAUAAUCCUCAGCUCUAAGUGCUGUGUAUCUGUAGCCCUGCUGUUUAUCUAGUCUGCCUAGCUGAAGACUACUAGGUGCUUGCCUGGAAUCCUGUGUAGCCGUAGAAAAGAAGUGCCUCUGUCCUUCUGGUCGUUUAAUGUUGGGCACUAUUAGCACGAAAGUUUGGAAAGGGUCUCCUUGAAGCCAGAAUAGAUAUCAGGGAUAAUUCUGUACAGAUGAUUUCUUUAUAGAGAUCAU